UCUGUUCACCGGGCGGUCCGACAAUGCUUAGCAUUUAGGCUGUUUGAAGGAUCCAUUACCAUGGAAACUUUAUUUAGCAGCUACCGGAAAGCACAUGGGCGAAACCGAAGCUUGGUUGGAGAUAGAGCAUAAACGGGGCGGGAUUUAGACAGCAGUUGGAUAAUCUUCCUGUCAAUCACGCGCAGCGGGCUGUUCAGCGGGUAACAUGCGAAAUGUUUGGAACUGUAUGAGCAAGAGUGGCUGAACCGUGUAAUAGUGAGACAAGGAUUUCCCCAUUCUCCCAGAGACAUGGAGGACACAAGUUGGAGCAAAGAUGAUGUUGGUAUCUUUCACUCCAGGAAGGGGAGAAGGGCUUAUGAUGAUUUUCAUAUACAGGAUCAGUCCCGGAGAGAGGAUACAAUUGAUAUUGUUGGAGAGGACAGUCUAAAGGAGUCAGUUUCCAGGGCAACGGAGUGUGAGCCUGUGAUGAGCUCCCUGCUGAACACCAGGCGUCUGCAGGCAGGAAUAUCCCGCCAGCUUCUGGCCCUGCAACCAGUGCCCAAAGACCCACCAGGAUCCAACACAGCAUCAACCAUGGGGAUCGUGCAGGAGCUGGAGGAGCUGCGGGAACUGGUGCUAAAUAAAGAACAACUAGUGAAGCAGCUACAUAGCCAGCUGAGAGAUGCCAUCCACAACCAGGAACUCAGUCGGAUGGAGGUUCUUGAAAAGGAUGCCAAACUGCAGGACCUACAAGAGACCAUCACUGAACUGCACCAGGAGAUUUCCUUCAAGGACUCCAAGGCAGUAAUCCAUUUGCAGGAAAAGCACUAUUUGGAAAAUCAAGUCAAGGCCCUGAGCCAGGUGGUAGCCAACCCUUCAGCAGACCCUCCUCUAUUGGAUUCAGACUCAUCACUGCCCAAAACUAACACAUUUCUAAAAACAGAGUUGCAUCGUAGAGAAUCUGAAUUGAAAAUUGCUCAGAAUGAACGUCUUACACUGCAAAACACAAUAGACGUGCUUUCUUCUGAGCUUGAUGAUCAGGAGCAGCAGAUGUACAGGCUGCGGAGGGAGCUGAGGGAAAGGCAGGAAGAGUUAGAACAGCGACACAGCCGCAUACAGCAGCUUCACAUGGACCUGCAGUCAGCUGGAAGCCAGAGAGAUGAGGCCCAUAGACAGCUUUCCGAAUGUAAUCUGCGCCUUUCCUACCUUGAAGGAGAAAACUUUGCCCUUAAAGUCCAUCAGCGUGAUCAGGAAGUGGAGUUGGAAAAACUGAAAGCAGAUUCUGUAUUAGUGCAGAGAGCAGAGAAAGCGCAGCCAACAUGGGAUGUGGAGCACAGAAGAGAUCUGGAACUAAGACUUUCUAAAGCCGAGGAUCGUGUGCUGGAAAAUCAGGCUGUAAUCCACCGUCUGCAAGCAGAGCUGCAGGAUUCUACCUUUACUGUGGGUGGUUUACAGAAACAGUUGCAUGAAGCAAAGGCAGAAGCAGUGUCCCUCAGAGGGAAAUACAGUGACUCUCAGAAGGAGAUGAUGGAAUUACAAGAGCAGGUCAUGGAUCAGGAGCAAAUAAUACAGGUGUUGCAAAGAGAGAACAGAUCUGCAACAGACAGCCUGCACAGAUUCAAGGAACAGGUUAUUCAUCUUGAGCAGUCUCUACAAGAGAUUCAAGAGGAAAGAUCAAGGCUUCAAGAACAUUGUCAGCACCUAGAGCAAGAGACGGCCACUCUCCAUGCUGAAUUGGAAACACAGGGCUUGACACUGACUGAGCAGAGCAGUCAGUUGAACCAAAAAGAUCAGCAGACGGAGCGUCAGAAUCGCGAGUUGCAUGCUUCGCGAAAGGAAAUGCAGUUUGCUGAGGAUAAGGUCUUGCAGCAUGAAGCACAAAUAUGUAGCCUUAGGGAAGAUCUCGCAUUGUGUCGCACUGAAAAGUCAUCUCUGUCAGAGAGCAUUCUAAGGCUGGAGAGAGAGCUGAGCAACAGCAAGGCCCAAAGAGAGGACCUGGAGCAGGAGAUACAUUUCCAAACCAGAACUUUAGAACAGCUGCAGGCCCAGUUAUCAGUCAGACAGUCUGCAGAGGAGAGUGCUUGUGAGAAGAGUGUGAAACUCCAAGAGGAAAGAGAUACGAUGCAGAGCAAGCUCUAUGAUCUUCAAAAGGAGGUAUUCUUGGCUGAGCAGCGUAUGAAUGCAGCUCUACGUGAGAAAGAGUCAUUACAACUUGAUGUCAGUAGGAGGGAUACAGAGCUUCAAGCUCUGAAAGAGCAAUUGCAGACUUCUCAGGAUGCCCUGUAUAAAGCUACACAAGAGAAAGAUGAAUAUAAGCAGGAGGCAGAUAGACAGGAGGAAGAGAAAGAGGACACAAUUAAAUCUCUGCAGCGGGAGCUUUCUGAACUACAAGAGGAAUUUGGAUCCUGCAAAGGACAGCUGUUUCAGUGCCAGACAGUGGUUGAACAGCAGGGACAGGAGCUGGCAGCAGCAGCAGAUGGACAGAAAGAAAGAGAAAAGCAACUCUCACAACUUAGCAGCAAAAAUGAGAAACUAGAGCUGGACCUCACCCUCCUGAGUGAGAAGCACAAGGCUGCACAAAAAGAGGUAUCCACUCGUGAUCAGUCUAUACUAAAUCUUCGUGCAGAUCUCAUGGCUAAAAAUGAAGAGCUGCAGCAAGCGAAAAAUGAGCUUACUGUGACUAGUGAGGAGUUAAGCAGUGUUCGCAUUAAGCUCAAGAAUCUUCAGAGUGAUGUACGAAGCCUCCAAGAAAUUUGCACAGACCGGGAAAAUACAGUCAGUGAAAAGGAAGAAUGUAUCACUGAACUACAAAGAGAAAGAGAGGAGACCCAUGCACAGUUACAGCGACACCAGAAGGAGGUUGUAUCCUUACAACAGGCACACCAGCUAGAAGCAGAGCGUGUACGAAAUGAUACCCUGCGACUGCAAGAUAAAUUGGAAUCUGUAACCAGGAGAAAAGAGGAGCAAGAAGUUGAGGUUCAGCGUUCAAGAGCCAAAAUAGAGAGGUUAUCGCAGGAUCUAGAGCUUGCACAACAUAUGCAGCUGCAGCUGGAGGAGAAGUUGUCCCAGCGAGAUGUGGACCUGCGUAUGCGAGGGGAGGAGGUUCAGCAAUUGCAGGCACGGCUGUGGGAAGCUGAAGAGCGAGCGAUGAGCGCAGAGAAUCAGAGUGGCUCUUCACUUAGCAGUAUGGAACUGUAUCGCAGUAAAUACCAGGCAUGUGUGGGCCGAGCUGGGGAGCUUGAGAGCAAUGUCAGACAGAUGGAAGAUGAAGUGCAAGAGCUGAAACUCGAGGUGGCUGAGAGAGAUUCACGUCUCUCUUCUCUGCGGGGAGAGCUGCUGGUCAUGCAGCAGGAGCUAGAAGGAAAGUGUUUAGAGCUGGAGAGCUGUGAGGAAGCCAUUGAUCAGUUAACACAAGAACUUCAGGCCACACAGUCAGACCUAAGUGCAAGCCGUGAGCAAUCACGGGAGAAUGAGGAGAUGCUUCAGUCCGUUAAAGAAAGUGCAGCAAGGUUACAUGAGCAGGUAGUAGAACUGGAAGAGGACCUAGUGAAGUUGCAGACAGAUUUUGCUUCAUAUAAAGCCACUCACAGACACAGCGACAACAACUAUGUAGAGCUGGAGAGACUCGUCAUGCAGCUUAACCAGGAGCUGAGCCGUGCGGAGGCGGAGGUGCAAAGACAGAAGCAGGAGACUUCUCAUAGCCAGGCACUUUUGCAUGAGCUGAAAUUGGAUCUAACUAAAGAAAGAGAACAAAGAAAUAGCACAUUGAAUGAUGUGGAACGGCUGGAGCAAGAAGUUUGCUGCCUCCGAAGGGACACAGCAUCACAGAUCCAAGAACACAAGCUUCUGGUUUCUGAGCAACAGCAGCAAAUCCAAAAACUGCAGGAGGAACUCAGAGAAAGUGCUAAACGUCUUGCUCAGAGAGAACAGGCCAUCCAGAAGCGUGAUGCCGUCUUACGUCAGUCUGAGGCUGACCUCCUUCGAUCUCGCAGCUCUCUGAAAUCACAACAUCAGGAGAUAGAGCGCCACCUGGAGUCUGCUCGAGCGAUGGAUAAGAGACUGCAGAAUUCACAGAAAGAAUGCGAGCAGAGAGAACGAGAUAACUGUUCCUUAAGGGCAGAAAUGCAAGAUCUGAAAAGCGAGCUUAAAGAAACAUAUGCACUUCAUCAACAAGCAGUGCAGGAACUGGCUGGUCAAGAGGAAAAGACGCUUUUAAUAGAGAGUACACUGCAAAGCACCCAAGAGCAGUUAAGUGAGCGUGUGGCUGAGGUUGUGAGACAAGAACAGCACCUGCGCAGGCUGGAAAGUGAAAUGCGUACACUGAGAGAGAGGACAAGUAGCAGUGAAGAGGAACUGGAACAGUGCAGAACAAUAAUGGAACGCCUGAAGUGGGAGCUUAAUGAUGUAAAGAAGAAACAUCAGAGCUCCUCCCAAGAAGCCUUGAAGUUGCAGCAUUCUGCUAGUAAACUUCAGCUUGAGCGGGCCAAUGAGCAGGAACAGCAUAAAGUUAUGCAGCAGCAGUUACAGGAGCAGAAUUCCAUCCAGAAGAGUCUCAGAGCCGAGCUGGCACAGCAACAGGACCGACAGGAGGAGCUUCAGAGACAGCAGCAGCAGAGCAAAGAGCGAGAAAGCCUGUUGCAGCGAGAAGUAGAGGAGCUGAGCCUGAAAAUAGAACACUCCAGCAGGCUGUUGUCAGAAAGAGAUCGGGCGCUGCAGGGCUUGCAGAAAAGCUACUCACAACUAGAAAGGAGAUACCAGAAUGUACAGGAGGGAGCCCGAGAGAGUGUAGCAGAACUGGAAUUAACCAAGAAUGCUUUGCAGCAGGCACAGAGGAAAGUCCAAGUCCAGAGCCAAGAGCUCAAGCGAUUUGAGGAAUCUUUGUCUGGCCUGCGUUCAGAGGGGGAGACAGCACAGAAGUUUGCCAAGAGCCAAAGUCAGGAACUGAGCACAGCACAGGAAUGUGUGACAGAACUGAGAGGUCAAGUGACCGCAGCACAUGCCAAGCAGAGAGAGGCCAUGGAGCAGCUAGCUGAGCGCAGCAGGGAGUUGGCAACUCUACGCAAUGAGUUCCAGCGCAGCCAACAGAGAAAGGCCGAGCUAAAGAGAGAGGUUGCAGCACAGGAGGAACGAGUUCGGAGACUGACCACAGAGGUCCGUUCUUUGCAUGAGCUUCAGAGACAGAAAAAUCAAGAGGUGGAGGAUGGAGAGGGGCGUUUGAGGGAGCUUAGCAACCAGCUGCAGCACUGCCAGAGGCUCUACCAAGACAAUUCCCGUGAGCAGAAUCAGAAGGAAGAAGAGGUGAAGCAGCUGCAAGGGCAACUUGAAGCUUUGAUAGAAAAAAGGAAACAUGAAGGGAUUGAGAAAGAGGCUCUGCAGACUUCACUCAACCAGAUGAAACAGAAAUACAGUGCAGCUACUAGUGAACUGGAAACUCUGAGAAGCUCUUUGGAAGCAGCAAGAACAGACUGCCGCCGGUUGCACCAUGAAAGUGAACUGGUUGUGAGUAAUGUGAAUGACUGGGUGAGCGAGCAAAAACAAUCCAACAAGACCCUAGGAGAGAAGAUCCGGGAGCAGAGUAAACAGAUCAUGCAGCUGGCAACAGAAAAGGACCAUAUGCAGGAGGUGAUAGAACAGCUUCACCGAGAGAAUAGGCACCUGAGGCAUCAGCUAGAUGAGUGGAGGAUAGAGAAUGAACGCUAUAAGCUGACUCUGCGUAAAUCUGACCUGGAUAGUAGGAGUCCCAGCGACCUCCUCACUGAAGAUGUGGGGACUCUUCGUUCUGCGCGCCGUGUCUUUAGCAGUCUUGGAAACCUAAGGACAAAGCGAUGUGAAAAUCCCUGACAUUCAGAUGAAACCACCGCUGAAACGGACCGGCCCACGUCUGAAGCCUAAACUGAAACCACUGGAGUUUUUGAGCCGUCUGGGGCUUUAUAUCGUAUAUACAGACUAAAACUGUGAAUAUGUGUAUAAGGGCCAGCUGAAUGCCUUGUUCUUCUGGUUCUGAUCCAAAAGGAAGCUGUAGGGAAGUCAUGUUUACCUGGACAAGUUAUCGCAAUCACUUUUUUUUUUUUUUUUUUUUUUUAAUGGAUGUGAAUUAAAUUUUUUUUUUUAAGAAAAGAAAUUUGCACAUUUUAAUACAGCACAGAGUUCUGCCUGCUGCACCAACAUUAAAUUAUUUUAAAAUAUUUAUAAUUUUAUAAUAAAUGUAUCGAGGGUGA